UUUGAAUAGGAGAUCGCUUAUUCAGCGCCUGCACCGGGCUGAAUGCUGAAGUGUCCUCUGGAGCCUGACAACCUUUGUGUUUUUCGACCCCAAAGGCCGUUGUUCCGUUCCUAGACCCGCACCAAUUAAUAAGAUAAAUAACUCGCAUAUUCGAAAACCUUCGUAACAAAAUCAAAUUAAACAAUCAGGGAUAUUUUGGAACCAGCUACAAAACAAGCACACAAGAAAACUAGUCUUGCAAUCGUAAGACAAUGUUCCAAAACUUAGCCAACUACUUGCUGGGCUCAGUAAUAAACCAAGAACAAGGAGCAACGGCAGAGGGGGUCGAAGACAGCAGCACCAGGUUGAGAUCGGUGGAGUCGGAGGACGACUGGGUUUUGGUCGAUAGAGACAGCGAGGGGAACACCGAUAAUAGUUCGGUAGAAAGUUUAGAUAUUAACGAAGACGAAAAUGAAGACCGAAUCGUACCAUUACCAAACAUUACCAGGAGUAGUUCAACAUCAUCUAUACCCUGCACGAACAUGGAGGAAUCCUGGUUCCUCACGCCGCCACCCUGUUUCACGUCGGCGGGACCCGUCCUGCUGGAGACGUCACCGCUGGAAAACCUCCUCAUCGAGCACCCGAGCAUGAGCGUCUACUACUCGCACCUGCACAGGAGGCACGGUACACCUUCCCUACGCUCGAACUCACCCUCGGUCCGCUCGAACUCCCCCUCCAUAGCCGGCGAACCGGAACCGUUCGAGGUCGAGGAGGUUGAGGAGGAGCAGGUCGCCAUCGUCCACCGCAGGACGCCCAGAGUGAACAGGGAGCAGGUGUUGCAUCAACAGGAACGACAAAAACUGAAGAGCAAGCAUGCUCAAAAGGUGCAAAUGCAAAAAGCUUGUCAGGCAAUCAAACGUGGGCAUUUGGACCGCAACAAUAAGGCUCGUGAAGUAAACAGUCGCAAUCGGCGACAAAGGCGCGGGGAACGGUCCCAAGGUGCUAACCGUUCCCACGCCAACAAUAACCGCAAGUGCUGAGCACAAAUAACGCAUCUUGAUCUCAUUUUCACAACAUCUAUUCGUCCCCGUAUUUUCUAUCGUCUUUUUCAUUCUGGACUUCAUUUUGAUCUGUAGGUGUACAUGUAUGUAUCUAUGGAAUUUAUUAAUUCUUGACAAGGGAAUAUUAAUUAAAAAUCCCUUCACGUAGUUGUAUUUAUUUACGAGUCUUGAAUGAAUAUAGAAUGUUAAAUCUCAAAAUAAAAAGCACGUGUGAUCAAAAAAAAUUAUAUAAAUAAUAAUAACCAAAGCACCGUGUUGUGUUCAUUAAAAUUUGAGAAUUUUUGUGUCAGGUAAAAUACGCGUUCAUCGUUAGAUGUUGUGAGAGUCGUAGUUUAUUUAGUAAGUCUUUCAUAUAUUUUUUUUUAUUUAUAAAUGUGUCACAUUACCCGCUUUAUAAAUAUAUCUGAAUAGUUUGUUGAAACUGGGCAUUCGUAUUUAACUGGCCAGUCUCAUGUAUAUUUGUGUAAUGUGAUUCUUGUACAUACAGAGAAAAGUAUAUUUUUAUUAUAAUUAUUUUAGUGAGAAACUAUUUUAAAGUAAAUUAUUUUUGUUGUUUAUGUAUAUUUUCAAAUGGUUAGUAUAACUUUUUUGUUGCACCAUUUAUUGAGUUUAUGAAUAAAUUGGAAGUUGUGGCAUACAGGUAAUUGAAUGAAGCUCUUAGUUGAUGUGAAAUACAUGUUUUAGUUGUUGGGUUCAUGAACUCAAUAAAAAUAUUGAAACACAAUUAUUAUUGACAAUAUUUAAGUCAUUCUCGAUAUUGUUUGAUGAUUUCGAUAUAUUCAAAUAAUAUUCAAAAUCACUGAACAAGUUAUAGGUAAUCAUAACAGAAGCUACUCUAUAGGUCUGUAAUGGUUGCUGCCGAUUUUACAUGAAGUUAGAUAAUGAAAAAAACAUUUGCUUUUAAACUGCAGCUGACGUGACUUCCACACUUUAGUUAAAAGCCAUCCAAUAAAUAUGACGUUAAGUCAGUGCAGUUUUUCAGCAAAUUGUCACUGUAACAGUACAAAAAACAAAAAUAAUUAUUUCAUCACUCAUCCUCACACCGAUCCAAACACAUAAAAUAUAAUCGUAAUUGUUUUCUGAAUGUUGUAUCUAUUAAAAAGGAAACAUUAUAUUUUCAAAUGUAAUUAAGAUCUUCAAUCACUUGAGCUUGAUGAAAAUAUGCAGUAGUCAAUAAAACUGAUAAAAAAAGCAUUCAUGCAAAUGUAUUAUUUUGCACAUAAGCUGAUUAAAAGUAUUAAAAAAAUAUUCAUUUCGCGAAUAAAUUUUAUUAAUUAUUCUUAUAGAAUAUGCAGUCAAUUGGUUGAAUGAUUGUAUGUGUGUAACCUAAGAUUGUUCUGAUGUGAUAUUUAUGAAGAAUGUAUAAUUCAAUUUGAUUUCAAAGUCUUCAAAUAUUCACACACAAUCUGGACCAAAAAAAUCUAAUUUUGACAAGCAUUCUCAAUAAAUAUCAGUUUAAAUAAUCUAUAUAUAUUUUAUUAUGUAUGUUAAGUAAAUUUUGCUUGAUAGGUGAGAGCUGUAGCUCUUUGUAAGUUAAUGGUAUGUAUUAAUCUUAUGUAUGAUGCACGACUAGAUGGUAGUUUCUUAAUAAUGUAUGAGUAGUGUGUUUAAAUUAAAAAGUAAAUGAGUGUGUAAGGUUUCAAGUUCAUUGCUAAAUUUUAUUACAAGUGCGAAACAUGUGGUGUUAAGAAUUCUAAAGAAUGAAAAUAAAAAUGUUAUAAAAAGUUGAAAACAAUAAAAAUUAAUUAUGUUAAAA